CGAGUUCAAGAAGCUCUCAAUUACUAUAGCAUAGAGUCCACCAUAGCUCUUGUUAUCUCCUUCGUUAUCAACCUAUUUGUUACCACUGUGUUUGCCAAGGGGUUUUAUGGUACAGACCUGGCAGACAGUAUAGGCCUUGUAAAUGCAGGGCAGUAUCUUCAAGAGAAGUAUGGGGGUGGGGUGUUCCCAAUUUUGUACAUCUGGGGUAUUGGUUUGUUAGCAGCUGGCCAGAGUAGCACUAUUACAGGUACCUAUGCAGGGCAGUUCAUUAUGGGAGGUUUCUUAGACUUGAGAUUGAAAAAAUGGAUGAGGGCUUUGAUUACACGAAGCUGUGCAAUCAUCCCAACUAUAAUAGUUGCUCUUGUAUUUGAUACAUCAGAGGACACAUUAGAUGUUUUGAAUGAGUGGCUUAAUGUGCUUCAGUCAAUUCAGAUCCCUUUUGCACUUAUUCCCCUGCUUUUCUUGGUGUCAAAGGAGCAAAUCAUGGGAAUUUUUAAAAUUGGCCCUGUUCUCAAGAUUGUUGCGUGGCUUGUGGCUGCCCUGGUGAUGGUGAUCAAUGGUUAUCUUCUGCUGGACUUCUUCUCCUCUGAAGUGAACGGGGUGCUUGUUGGCUUCGUAGUGUGUGCUUUCACUGCUGGGUAUUUAGGAUUUAUAGUUUACCUUGUUAUCCGGGGCAUCGACUUUUCAAGUUGGUGCAGAUCAAAGAGGUUGCAGAUCCAGUGAACUGAGUAAUCACCAAUGCCAACUUCAGUUGCAAGACAAAUCUUCCGGUAUUUAGUGUAAUUGCCACAACCUCAAAGGCUGUCGGGACUGCAUAUACACACAACUUUUGCUGAUAAGAAGCUUAAGCUUAGUGUUUCUUCUGUAUGAUAGAACUGGUUUAUUGCCUUCUGUUGUAUUCAGAGAACAGAGGAGGCUAGAAGGCAAACUGGUUAUGCUACUGAUACUUGUAGUAGCAUAAUGCCGUAGUUGUAACAUUGUAUAAGUAAAUCCUGGCAAAAUGUUGAAAUUAGCCUUCGACACUAUGUACUGAAACUAUUUAUUCAAGGGUUUUUUCAAUUGCCAUU